UCCCCCCCUAGCACAGGUCACUGUGUUAGUCCCAAUCAAUUUACAUUUUUCAAUCACUUUCUCGAGGCAUUCCCCCUUUUCUUUACUUCCUUUUACUUUCGAAAAUCUGCAAAUUUCUCUCCAAAUUUGUGCUAUCCUCUGAAUUGUACAGCUGCCAAUUGAAUUUUUCUCUCUCGCUGAAGUUAUAACUCGUCUAUUUUUUGCCCUCUCCCAACCAUGUCUGAAAUCAAGUGAUCAAAAUUAGCUUCUUAGUUUUCUUUUAAGUUUUUCCCACGCUUCAUUCUAUCGUUUAAGGUUUUGUCAAUGGCAGCAAUCGGAUUUUUUUUUAAAAUCAACAUCAAAUUGUGUCCUGCUUUGUUAAAGUCCAUUUUUCAUCAAGCCUCAAUUUAAACGGUGGAUUCACCAAUGCCCUUUCUGUUUUGUGGUGUCCUUCCAUGCUUUUACACGGUGUGAAGUAUGAAAUCUUUGAGUGAAAUGUCCUCUGAUAUCCUGCAUAAAUCUUUAUCGGAUUCUCUAACUAUCACUGAAGGUAAAGAUGGGAGCAAAAUGUCGACAGUUGUUGCAACACCAGGUCAAGGACCGGAUAGACCGUUAGAAGUUUCUUAUACUGUAAUUAGGGUAAUCGGAAAUGGAAGUUUCGGAGUCGUAUAUUCGGCGAAGCUCUGUGAAACUAAUGAGAUGAUUGCUAUUAAAAAAGUACUCCAAGACAAACGUUUUAAAAAUCGGGAGCUACAAAUAAUGAGACGUCUAGAACAUUGUAAUAUAGUUAAAUUAAAAUACUUUUUCUACUCCAGCGGUGAUAAGAAAGAUGAGGUUUACCUGAAUUUAGUGUUGGAGUUUAUUCCUGAAACUGUAUAUAAAGUGGCCAGACAUUACAGUAAAACCAAACAAAUUAUACCUAUUAGUUUUAUCAAGUUGUAUAUGUAUCAGUUAUUCCGAAGUUUAGCGUACAUUCAUGCGUUAGGAAUAUGUCACCGAGAUAUUAAACCUCAAAAUUUAUUGUUGGAUCCUGAGACUGGGGUGCUGAAGUUGUGUGACUUUGGAUCAGCAAAACAUCUAAUCAAAGGAGAGCCAAAUGUGUCCUAUAUUUGUUCUCGCUACUACCGUGCACCAGAACUCAUUUUUGGUGCUAUUGAUUACACCACAAAAAUUGAUGUCUGGAGUGCAGGUUGUGUCCUAGCAGAGUUACUACUUGGCCAGCCAAUAUUCCCUGGUGAUUCUGGUGUUGACCAGUUAGUCGAAAUCAUCAAAGUUCUUGGCACACCGUCAAAAGAAGAAAUACAUAUGAUGAACCCAAAUUAUACUGAAUUUAAAUUUCCGCAGAUCAAAUCACAUCCUUGGCAAAAGGUUUUCAGAGUACGCACGCCCCCAGAAGCAAUUGAUUUAGUCUCACGGUUGUUAGAAUAUACUCCUCAUGUGCGUAUCUCUCCGCUACAAGCCUGCGCUCAUGCAUUUUUUAACGAGUUACGAGAACCAAAUACACGAUUACCCAAUGGCCGAGACCUACCCCCACUUUUUAACUUUUCAGAUUUUGAGUUGAAAAUCCAACCGAAUCUGACUUCUGUCCUAAUCCCUCGUCAUAUCGCUGAGAACUCUGCUGGUGGCACCAACGAAGUAGGAGCAGAAAUUGCACCAACAACCUCAGGGACAGAAGCAACGACUGCCCAGCCAGACAGCACAUCUUCGUCGCACUCUGCCAGUCCAUUACAGUCCAAUGACAUGGCUUAAACAUUCUCAAGGUGCCAAGCUGCAGAGUCUCUCUUAUCCUGAAGCUGUGACUUCCUGUUGAAAUCUUCAGAGGUGCAUGAUACUUUACCUCAUAAUUGAAUUCGAAGAUCCUCCUCUUUUAUUUUUCUCUUCUCUUUAUUUAUUCUUUUUUAAUAAAAAAAAAAAUCUAAAAAUCCUUGAACAUAUACAUAUAUAAAUAUUUAUAUAUUUAUGUAUAAAUACAUAAAUAAAAAAUAGAUUGUAUGAUUUUAAAUUUUGUGUAGGUCUUAACAGGUAUUAUGUAUCCAUAGAAACUCCUUUUAAUGUCUACUAAAAAGAUGAUGAUAUCUAUUGAAUAAUCAUAAUUUUAUCACCUCUGGAGGUGUUUUACUCAAUCAUCCUCUGUAUUGCAAUUUUUAAUUUUUGAAAUUAAAAAAUCAGUUGAUUACUGAUCCUGCAGUCUAGAUCACAUUAAGUACUUGGAUUUUACGAUCUCGUCUUAGUGAGUUUUCUAUUAUCGUGUGUGUUUCCGUACUCGCAUGAUGUGUUUGCGUUUUUACAUGUUAUCUCUCUCUAAAAUGGAGAUGCUGGUGCCUUUUUAAGCUCUCUUGAGUGGAGAGGCAUUUCUGCUAGGUUGGCUUCACACAAUGAGCCAGAGUUACAAGUAUUGUGACAGCAUUUUGAAUCAAUUCGCUGUCAGUGUGAUCUAAAAGAAAAUGCAUGUUAGAACUUCAAUCAAAUCUGAAUUCCAAGGAAGUUCGCAAAUGAUUAAAUCAGCUUUAAUAUUAUUUUUUCUUAUACUUAGGACCACAUAUUAUACAUAGAUUGUGUAAAUUGUUCGCCAAAAGGUUGAUUAUGGAAAAAAAGCUUCCUUAAUCUUUCUGAUACACACUGUUUCAACUUCUGAGAGUGAUAAAUUUAUUUAUCAGAAACAAGGAUUCAUUUCAACUGUCAAUUGAAGUUGAGAUCAUUCAAUUGUAAUUCGUGUAAUUUUGCCUGGUUCCUGUAAUUUGAUUCAUUAAUUGUGAAGUUGACUCUUUCCAAUGGAAGGACUCUCUUCUCCUACAGGAACUUAAGUCACACAGAAAAUUUGACUUUUAUAUGGGAGUAGACCAAAUAUUUGGUUUGAAGGACCAAUUUUUCUGUUAUCUAUCCUCUGUAACUGUGUAAGGGCACAUGGGUAGCCAAAUAUAGGGCAGCUUUAAGCGCAAAUACAUCCGUGUGUGCAUACGUGUACAUUUUUGCUUAAUUUCUCUGUUCAUGUAUUUCUUUUAAGCGUUGACUUUGUAAAUACUGACCAGUCUCUGAAUUUCAGUUGAAAACAGUGAUGAGGUGCUUUUGCACCAAAUAUUCAGUCAGGUCAAAUCAAGAGUUCGUUAGGAAUUGAUUAUAUCGUUGGAAAUAAAUGUACAUUAGGCUUUUUUAAUUAUUGCUAUUAUCAUUCUUAUUUUUAUUUAUUAUUACUCUAUUAUUAUUUUUUUAUUUUUUCCCGUCAAUAAAUUAUUGGCGUUUGACAAAAUGCUUGUAGUUGAACCUAAUUUUUUUUUCUUUUUUUUCUUCAGAAUCUUCAAAAAAAUAUUGCCCUUUCGUUAAAUCACCUCAAAAGCGCAAUGUUCUUUUCUUGUUUUUUGUUCUAAGAUAUAUCUUGGGGAUUUGUUAACCUUACACCAAGGCUUAAGUUAGAAAUUUUUAGGAUAACUUUUCUCUGUUUGAAAAUAAACUGAAUUCCUGCCAUGAAAAUUUAAAAAAACUCAAUCUUUUCCAAUAGUUCUCUUCAAUCUGAAAAAAUGCUAAGGUUCUCUGGUUAAUCUAUGGAAACAUAUUUUAUUUUCUCAUGUGUCAUUAAUUUUGUCAUUAAAAUUAAUUGAUCAAAAGCAUUUUUCAUCCAAGAAAAAUUGCUCUUGUUUUAAUGACCCAUUGCCAGCUUAGUCAAUUCUAAAAAAAAAAAAAAAUAAACCUCUCUGAAUCACUUUUUAUAUUUACCGAAAUUACUCUCCCUAGCAAUGAAUUGCCUUGAAUUUAAAAAAAAUUCAAGAGUUCAUACAAUUCAAUAUUAUCAAACAACUCAAUGAAAGUAACUUUUCCUGUCUUCACCUCCAUGUUUGGAUUUCAUUUUGCACUAAGGAACCACUAUUUCUGGCUCAUCCAUGCAAACACCUGUCUGUACAUAUAGGGAAACCAAUAGCACAUACACUAUUUCUGCAACCAGUCGUAAAUAGUAGCUCCUCACUGGUGCAAAAUAUAGUCCAUUAAAAAAUAGUAAUGAAGUUCUGUUAUCUUGGUAUCAUCCCUUCUCUUGAAAUUACCUUGUAUAUAUUUACUAAAAAACAAAAACAAAAUUCGCACAUUCUUCACAGACUUACCAUAUAGUCAGUAUCUAUACGUAAACAUGUAAUGACUACUGAGAAAAAAGUUUGAAGUGUCCGUAUCAUCUUUAUUAUUACGAGUGAAAAUGUGUUGAAAUCCAAGGUACUGACUUGACAGUAUCAGAGAAUAAAAUUAGAAAGAAUCAUACCUAAAAUUUACCAUUUCCAACCUUCGGAUUUUAAGUUACAGCUUAAAAUCGCUGUCAGUAUGCAAACUACAUCAAAAUGAAUGUUCUAUGAUUAAGUUCAGCUGUAAUGACUUUCAUUGCUUCACCGUAACCUUUUUUCAGUCAGUCAUCAUGUAAUAAGGCAGUUAAGUCCAGCAGCCUAACUUUUCAAACUAUUUUUGACUUUGUUGGCCUUAUAAGACAUUGCCUAAUAUGUGCUGUGUAAUAUAUUUGUUUUCAAUGUCUUGUCGAGUAACUUUAACAAUGAAGCUGCAGGAAGGAUAUGCCUUUUUACAUGUGCUUCUUUUUCUCAGUUUUAAAUUAGAGAACCGAAAUAAGCAUGUUCUCAAGUCGCCUCUAAAUGAUUUUUAAAAGCCAAAGGAAACUUGUCUAUUUGAGAUUGUUAGAACCACUAUUGAACUGCAUGCUCCUUUCUGUCAGGAAAUGACGUGUCAGCAAACUUCAACUUGAAGAGUAGGAAAUGCAGGAACUUAAACAUGAAAAGUUAGCCAUGAAAAAACUUGACCGUCAAAAUGAUAACAUACUCUCGUGGAGAAAAGGGUUUAAGAACAGUGAGUUUACUCAGAAAAUUUGACUUAAAAUUCUAUCAGUGUAUCUGUCCUUAAUUCUACCACCAUUCAUUGGCGUGAAAGACUUCCAUAAAUUCAGCCGUAUAUUUUUUCUCUACAAAUUCUGCUGCCAUUAUAAUUCUGAAUUCCAACUGAAAUGGACAUGUCAUUAAAACUUCAUCUUGGGCCUCACUUUUCAUCAUUGUUUAAUGAACUUAUCUCUGCAAUUUUGUAGGAAAAAUUAUACCGAAUAUUUCAAAUUAAUUCAUUGAACAUUUUUCUCUAAUUGACACAUUAUGAAUUUCUAUCUGAUAUCGCAAAAAGUGACUUCUGUUCUGAAUUGAAAAUUAUGAAUCAAGAUUAGUGAUAGAAUUUCCUCUCAGGAUAGAUGAAAAUUCCAAGUUCCUUAGACAUAUUUCUGCUCCAUAAACUAUUUCUCAACCUCAGUAGCAAGACUAGGUGCUGGAUGUGUAGCCCUUCUCCUUGCUGAAUAAUUUUCAGUCUAGCUCUUGCCAAGUAUGAUAGUUUUAUUUGAUCUUUUUUUGGUAAAUAUGUUGAUUCAUUAAAGGAUAUUUUAAAGUUUUUAUUUUCCAUCGUAGUGUCUUAUUCUAUCUAGAAUUUCUAUUAUGUGACGUGUCAACUCUAGGCAAUAAUGACACUGUGUCUCCGCUCAGUAUCAGUGGAGUUUUUGUCCGUAGUCAAUUUUUGAUCCAUUGUUUAAGUGCUGUUGCUUCUCUUGAAAUUCUCACUGAUAUAGUCACGUUUUCACUUUUUUUCUAGCCUUGAACAAGGGCUAUACCAGUUGGUAAAAACCCUGUUGAGUUAUUUUUGAUUUUUUGAAAUUUCCAGUCCCACAUGGACAUUUUUUGAACAGAGCUUUUUUACCUUAUCUUACCUUUUAACGUAGGACUUGUUGUCCCCUUCAUUCCUAGUAUUGCAUAAAAUUUUAUGUUGAUUAAAAUUUGAUCAACUUACCUAUUUUUUUUUAUUAUUUAAAAAAAUUAGUCGUUUGUCCUGAAAUUACAUGCAUGAGUGUUAAAGAAUGGUUUUUAACUUACUUAAUUAGUGAUGAUUGACCAUCUCAGUAGGAAAGAAAAGGAAUUGAAACCCUCAUUAAGUAUGACCCUUCAUUGGAAAAAAUUGUACUUAAACAGAUUAUUUUGUCUGACCUCGUCAAUUCAUAUUAAACUGCAUGAGACUAUUCUAAACUUACCAUCCUAUUGGAGCUUAUCAGUUUGACCAUGAAGUAGUGUUGUGAGGAAUAUGCAUUCAAGGCUUCAUUGUAAAAGCUAAUCCAGCAUAUGUGACAGCGUUCUUCCAUAAGGCAGAAUGUCAUAUGAGAAACCCUGCAGAAUGAAUUGCCCUAAAUGUUUAUUGUAAAAAAAAGGGGGGAUUUAAGCCCAAGUUAGAGAAGAGACAAUCUUGUAUGAAAUUAACAUUGGACACAGUUCAGAAUUUAAGGAGAUUGGUCCUCGUUUUUCAGUGUUUCAGAUAAACACAGGGAUUCAUCACAGACCAAUCUAUUAGGCUCCUUCAUCUCUUAGUUUCAGUAAAGGAGAAAUAUUGAGAAUCCGUCGAUGAACUCAAGGAGCUCUGACUGUAUUUCACGUUCAUGAAAAAAAUUCAAUUCCAACCUAAGUUUUAAAACUUAUUUUUUACAAACUGGUAGCCUGUGUAAUUCUUAUUUACCUAAAGUUUUAAUUAAAAUUCUUGACUUAAAGUCUGGAUUUUGGCUAAGUUUUCUCUCGGAAAAAAGUAGGCGGUAGAUGAUGAAAAGUUUAAAUUAGAACAUUAGACAUUCCACUCGAAGUAUGACUCAUAGGGAUGUAUGAAGUAAGAGAGUCAAAGUAGCAAAGGGCAAAUUAAAGUCAUCAUGUAUAGCUUAAUUGAAUCUACAAAAAUAAUUGUAACUCAGUGAUGCACUUCUGACAUGAAGACUCUCACCCUUUUCCUAGGAAUUCUCUUAGUUUUUAUUUUAAUCAUAACUUCAGUCGAAGCUAAUUUGGCCUUAAUCCUGUGGGAAUAUUUGUAAACAACCAAUGAGCACUCAGCCUUGACUUCACCAUUUUUCUCGAAACUAACGUUCUUUGACAAAACUCAGCUGUCCAUUCAGAAAUUAAGUGGAAGUAAGAACGUUCAAGAACGCAUCAGCUAAAAUUAUUUACAAUUCCAAUAGUUCCAGAAGUUCUCUUUCUUUUUAAACUUCCAAUCGGCCAUGGCUGUGCUGCAGUGCUUUUUACAGAAUUGAGGUAAGUCACGUUCAAUUAACUUAUGUGAAUAGGAAAUAUAACUCUCUUGCUAAUGAAACUAUAAUCUCUCUAAAUAACCAUUUCCCUAUGACUGGAAUUCACAAAUGUAGAUUGUAUUACCAGCGGAUGCGGCAUUUACCAAGUUCGAUUACUUGGUGAACUCUAUAAUCUAUAUGUUUGUAAUUUCAGAUCCAUCAAACUUUCUUUGAAAGCAUGGUUUGUGAAACAUGCACUAUUCAUCGAAAAAAAAAUAAUAUUAACAAAUUCCGGAAGCUUUGCAGAGAGGACAGUCUGCACCUUUGUGCAUUCUUGUCAGAAAAAACUAGGAUCUAAGUUGUAAGCGCAGUCGAGCUCAGAUUUGCCCAUGGUUACUUGUAGUUUCCAAGAGAGCUCCUCUAACACAGUCAAGAAAGAGAGACUUGCCGUAACACUGGGGGGGAGGGCGAGAAAAAUUCUUAAGAAAUAACUGAAUUUUUAUGUUCAAGGCUGGUUUAAAAGCGAGUCCUAUUUUUUAGAAACAUUUUUAUAGUUUUAAUUUGCUUGUAUGAGAUUAGAGGAAAUAAUAGCAGGAUAUUUUAAUUUUCAACUGACUGGCCAUUUACCAAUUUUUUUUUAUACUCGAUUCGAAGUUUAUAGUCAAUGGAGUUUGUUUAUACUGUUGAUUCUUAUUUUUGAGAGGGAGGUGUAGCUGCAUAUUACAUUCGUCUUUUUUUUUUUCUGUUCUUAACUUGAGUAGGUGCUCUUAGCUUCUGAAAAACCAACUCCUCUUCUUAUUGACCUAUCUUGUUUGUACCCAUCUUCUCAUUUGCUGUAAUUUACGAAAAAUGGAACACGCUACCUAUCUGUAUUUUGUCAUAAGGACAGUUAAACGCCAUUUUCCUGUCCAAAUCACCACUUCUUAAGCUUGAGGAAAAGUAUCUUUUUCUCAUUUAUUUAAUUUAUGUUUCUGUUCUUCUCAAUUGUAAUGUUUUAAAUUCAGAAAAAUACAAAUAUUUUUAAAAAAA